GCCUUACAAGAAUAUUCGAACCCGCCUGAGUGGCAUCGAAACGCUGCCAGAAGGAUGGACGGAGAAGCAAUUCUUGUAUUUUAUGUUUGGGCCAGAUGUCCCUUCAACCUGUGACGAAUGCCGAAGGGCGGAAAGAUCAUUCGCAUUUAUCAAGUAAAACAAUGUUGCACGGCCUGCGCAAUUCAGAUUGCCCUGUCGUACGAUCGAGCUCUUGCCCAUCUACUGCAGCUACAGCCCGAUUUGGCGGAAACAGACGCUCGUGAUUUGCUACAAUUGACGCCCAACAUGCUCAAUCCUACAAAGAAGCGAUGGAGGCUUGAGCGCUGUCUUUUCGCACGUGAUGCUCUCGAUUCUAUUCAUGAGCGAUACCGCGCUUCUGGUUUAUCGAUGAUUGAGUUUGCCAAAACGCAGCCGCCUAGCCUGUUGCAAACUGCUCUUAUCCAGCACAUUGACAAGUGUUACACGGACUGUACGAUGUUGGUAGCAUCUCGUCAAGAUUUGUGGAAGGGUGCAACUAUGGCAUGCAAAAUGCAGCUUACGCGAAUCUUUGACGUAUACUGACUUUGUUGCAUUUUGAACAAGACUGACCGCUUGAUAGCAGAAAAGGUUGCCCGAGUCACUUCGCAUCUAUCUCGGCAAACUGGCAGCCAAAAACCGCGGCAAAAAGGAUUAUCGCAAAGACGAACUUGAAGUCAUAGCCCAAAGCAUGGAGCAACGCCUUAUCCUUAUAAAGCAACG